AUGGCAAAGUCAUCGCCGGCGAAGAUUCCGGCCAUUACCUUAGAGGAUUAUGCUCACAGUCCCGUCCAUUACGCCGUCGCUGUAGGUGAUCAUGCCGGACUGACUCGCCUCGUCUCAUCAUUGCCUAAACUAACCGAUCCGGAACAAAUCCACACCGAGUCUGACUCAGUGAGCCAAGAGCGAAUCGCCGAGAAAAUCUCCGCCGUUCUCGACCGCCGCGACGUCCCUUUCCGUGAGACGCCUCUCCAUUUGGCGGUGCGUCUCGGCGACAUUUUCGCGGCGAAGACGAUUUCUUCCGCCGGAGCUGACAUCACGCUCCAGAACGCUGCCGGUUGGAAUUCCUUGCACGAGGCGCUUUCUGGUGGUAACUCCGAGAUCAAGGAGACGAUUCUCCGGCAUCACCAUCGUUCGGCGUGGUGUAAAUGGAGACGGAGGCUGCCUCAUCUGAUCGCCGUCCUCCGUCGCAUGAGAGAUUUCUACAUGGAGAUCUCUUUUCAUUUCGAGAGCUCGGUGAUUCCAUUCGUCGGGAAAAUCGCUCCUUCCGACACUUACAAGCUCUGGAAACGCGGCGGAGAUUUACGCGCCGAUACUUCCUUAGCGGGAUUCGACGGGUUCAAAAUCCGCCGCGCGAACCAGAGCUUUCUUUUCCUUAGCGAAGGAGACGAGUUUCUCGACGUUUCUCCCGGAACGUUGCUUGUGUUGAACAGAGACGAGAAAACAAUCUUGAACGCUUUCGAAAACGCUGGAGAACCGAUCACCGAUAGCGAAAUCGCGGGUUUUUGCUCUCAGUCGAGCUUGUACCGUCCAGGUAUGGACGUUACUAAAGCAGAGCUCGUUGAGAUGAAGAAUUGGAGACGUCAAGAGAAGAUUGAAACCAUUGGAGAAUGGAAAGCUAAAGGUUACGAUAUCGAAAACGUGAGUUUCAGUUUCAAAUCGCGUAAACUCGGGGAAACAGAGCAGAAUUCGCGUUUGGACGAGGGUUUGUCGGAAUCGUUAGGGAGGAGGCAGAACAGUUGUGUGGUCGUUGAUGAGGAGAAAGAAUACCAACCGCCGCUGCCGUUUUCGCCUCGGAGGAGGAGGAGAAGGUCGGUUUCUUUACCGGAAGCGGCGAUUCCGGUGGCUUCUUCUGUGAGGAUGAUCAAAGAAAAGGAGUUUGUGAAGAGUUUGAGUCCUUCGGUUUGGUUAACUGAUGAUUUUCCUUUGAAGACUGAGGAGUUGAUUCCUUUGCUUGAUAUUUUGGCUAACAAUGUUAAAGCUGUUCGGAGGAUGAGGGAGCUGCUCACCACCAAGUUCCCGCCGGGGGCUUUUCCGGUCAAGUUGUCCAUACCGGUGAUCCCGACGGUGAAGGUAGUGAUCACAUUCACCAAGUUCGUGUUUCUCCGGCCAAUGGAUCAGUUCUACACACCACUCUCAAGCCCGAGACAUCUCUCAGCUCCACUCAAAGACCAAUCCGACGUGGACGGUGACGGAAAAUCCGACAUGAAAAUGUCAACUUCACGGCCGUCGUUUUCGACGCCGUUUUGGUUGAGACUGAACAUCACGGCCACCGGAAAAAGCUCUCAGCGGCAGCUGGAGGAGGAGGAGGAGCAAACGGUGGAUCCUUUCGCAAUACCAACAGGGUAUAAAUGGACGAGCAACUCAGAUAAAUCAGGUAAAAAAAUCACUCUAUCGUGUGGAUGCGCUAAAGUCAUUUUUAAGAAAAAAUAA